CUGAAGGACUGAGUGAAUGAAUUGCUAAUGAAUAUACAAGAACAUGGCAUGCUCGGUUAGGUCAUAUAAGUUUUGGAGUUGAUUCGCGGAGAAGAUGCUGGAGAAGGACAUGAAUAAGAUGAUGUCAUGGAGGAUAUCACUCAAGACAACCACGAGGAUGAGGUUGGUGAAGUAGUUCAAGGAGUACCACAGCUGACAAGGUCUGGUCGACAAGUGAAUCAGCUGCAGUACCUUGAAGACUAUGUUCUGAAGUCCGAAACAGUUUCCAGAUUGUUCCAGCAAGCUUAUGUUGAAAGUGAGAGACGAGCCAAGAUCAACAAGAACAGGUGGUUCCUUGUUGACAUAUCGAUUGAAGUUUUCGAUCGGUACAAAAGGUUUGAAGAGUGUGUGGAGAAGCAAGCCGGCUUGUCCAUCAAAACCUUUCGCACCGAUAGAGGAGGAGAGUUUAUGGAGCUCAAUCGAUUACGCAUAGAGGAGGAGUCUCUAGGCGUCUAAUGAAGAAUCGAUGUUUCAUAGAGGAGGAGUCUCUAGGCAUUCGAUGAUGU